AAUUAAAUGAUUGAAACCAGCUUUAAUAAUGAAGGGGGAAGCUCCCAAAGCAAAUUCAAGUAGCCCUAGGCCGAGGAAGGGAGAUCUUAUAAAAAGAAUUUUGCCGUUAUGAAGAUCUUGAAGAUCAAAGUUCUGUUGAUGUUGCUACUCCUGCAACCUCUCCAUGGAGAGAAAGCAGAGUGGUAUCAUUGUUGUUCCCAAAUAUUCUGGUGAACAUCACUAUAGAUACAUGGUAGCAGUUCAAAAUGGGCUGAAAAGUGCAGGAAAGACGCCCAAAGUCAGAUUGCAGUUGAAAGGAGACCAGGGGGUAUCUCCUGAAUAUAAUCUGAAUGAACAUGGGAAAAAGCACAAUUUCCUUGGGGUAGGACAGAAGAACUGGUUCCUUUUGUAUACCAAAGAGUCCCUGGGAAAACUGAAGAAUGUUGUGGUGAACAUCAGUGGAAGACCAGGAGCUCAAUGGAAUAUGCUGGACAUAACAGUAUAUGAUACAGUAUCUGGCUGUGAAUCUCACUUCAGCAGCAAUGGAUGCCUCACAGUGGGAUACACCACUUUGGAGUCUUGUAAGAACUCCAGGUUUGGACUGCAAACUUGCCUUCUGUAUAUGUGGUCCUGUCAUGGAUGGACACGCUGUUCCAGCUUGAAGCUGGCCCCUGUCCUUCUGUGGUUUAACAGCACCUUGAACUACAUGUUUGCAAACAUGCUGCUUACCAGUACCCUUCUCAGUGCUGUUGGUGUCAUUCAGCUUGAUAGAGACAUCUUCCUCUCCAGCCUCCUUGUCAAUAUAGGAACAUUCCUUGUGAAUGGCACAUAUGAUGUAGCAAUGUACAAUAUCAGGUGUUAUGACAGAGAGGACACUGGUGACACCACUGUGCUGCAGAACCUGGAAGAUGAGCCCCAGUAUGAUGACAUUUGCACAAUCAGUGAUGGGUUCCAACAAGUUGUGCAUGGAAGUGUGGAGACCAUGAUGAAACAGGUGGCUUAUGACUUUGAGAAGGGCUAUGAUUUGGCACGUGCACAUGUUGAACACCAGGCCAUGGCACAGAUUGAAGAAAUGGUUGCCAAGGAAAAUUUGGUGGUCAAGGAAGAUAUGGUUGCCAUGGGAGAUGUGGACAGCAAGAAAGAGAAAACACCCAGCUACAACAGCACUCCCAGCUCUAGUGCCCUGUCCACUAGCAGCAUCAUACUCCAGAUGCCAGAAGUCUCUAGGGAGAAAAACAACUGCAUUGCUUCUGAGUUCUUCACAUAUGCUCCUCCUCCUAACAACCCUAGGCUGAACUCAAAGAUGCAAAAGGAGAUACAGGCAGAGCACCAAAAAUCCCAUGCUGGGAAGACUUCCAGCUACAGAAAUGCAGAUGUUUCAUCUUUUUACAGUCUGAUUGCUCACUUCAACCCAAGUUUUCUCCACCCAGACAUCAACCAGACAAAAUACAAUGAUGAGCUACCAAAGCAGACACCUGAGCAUGAUGUGGCAGUGGAUGUAGAGAAAGCUAAAGAAGGAAUGCCACAGUUUGCCACUGCACCAGAAACUGUAGCUGUUAAUAUUUGGGAAGAACCAUCAGAUGAGGUGCCAUACACUGAGCUGAAGUCUUUGGAGAUGAUGGUCAACAGAAAACACGAUGGCGGAAAGUUGCCCCACAUUUUGAUCUAUCCAGCAGUCAUUUUGUUGGGGGCCUCCGUGGCUUUGGCUCUAUUUCUCACCAUUGCGUAUGGCGGAGAGCUGAGUGAUAGUGCUGUGUUCAACUGGGCAGCUCUGGUAGGAGUGGCACUGCUAGAGGACUUGUUUGUGUUUCAAACCUUGAAGGCAGUUUGUGUUUAUGGUUACUGUCUACUUUUCUCAUCAAAUGAGGCUGGUGAGGAUGCUCACAGGCAGGAGAAAACACAGCUUGUUAAGUUUUAAAAAACUCAGUGUUCUAGUGCCAGUGGAACCUUUGACAUAUUAGUGAUAUAAUUUCAGAAAUGGUGCAAGAACUUAUAUUUAACAGACUCAUGGAAGACUCAUUGAACUUUGUCCUUAAUAUUUAAUGCAUAGCAAUGGUGCAGAAAAUGUGACCAGAAUCUCAUGAAGUUCCUUUUUUAUUAAUAGAUACAGCUGUUCAUGAUCUCAUUCACUUUUAAAUAGACAUUUUUUAGAUAACUAAGGCAUUCAAUGCUGAAAUAAUGUACUUUAUUGAUCUGUGAUAAUUAAAUCUACCUUGAGUAUUUUGUGAAUAUUCUUUUUCUUUUACUGACCCUUGUG